CGAAAAGGCUUGCUGAGGUUGCAAUGAUUGACGGUAGUGUGUUAUAGUAAAACAGAUGUCACUGUCACUUUGGUAAAAAUGGCAGAAACCGAAUUGGCCAAAGGACUCAAGGAUCUUCCCUAUCGAGUACAAACCGCCAGCAUACCGGAGCGCAAAGAGGUUAUCGACAAUGUUGUCGCCGUGCUUACAAAUCCAGGCAUCAACGAAAACAUCGUCAAAGGCAUCUGCAAAGUUGUCCAGAGCACGCUGCUAAAGUACCGCGACAACAAGUCACAAUUGUGUUUGAGAAACUUGCUUGGAGAGUUGGCCAGUGCUCAUCCAGAAUGGACCAUCAAUGGGAUGAUUGGGGUGCUGCAAGAUAUUGCACAACAACACAAAAACCUCGUUGCCACGGCUUGGACAGCCCAAAGCUGCCUCUAUACACUGAAAUGGAGUUGUUUGCUUAUCAUGGCUAUCUCAAAGAAACAUCCAGAGUUGGUGCAGGCUAAUAUAGGCAAAUUAUUUGGGACCCAAAUGCUGUUGUAUGCCGCUAUUUGUGAUGCUGGUGAUUCCAAGAAAAGUUUUAAAGCAUUUACAUUGUUGGAUAAUAUGUUUAAAAAUUGUGAUGGAUUAGUGACAAAGUAUUUGGAAGAGUUUAAAAGUCAGGAACCAACACUGGUUGCUAUUCCAGUAUUUGCCAGUUUGAUAUUUAAACAUUUGGAAAGGAAUGGUAAAUCACAGGAUAUUCCAGGACAUGUUGAUCUACAUUUAGAUUUCUUCGUCAAGAGUUUAAUCAGCGUCAAACAAAAACCAUCGAAACAUCUCAUCAUCGCAUGUUAUCCGCUUUUGAAUCAAGUGACUACUGACCAAUUUAAGUCAAUUCUUCUGCCAGCAUUGUCUCGAUCUCUAUUGCGAAAUCCUGAAAUCAUUAUCGAAGCGGUGGGUCUCGUUAUAAUCGGUUUAAAAAUCGAUUUGAGCGCGUUUGCAAUGGACAUCGGUAAAAGUCUGAUUGCAAAUCUGCAUUCCAACGAUGAUCUAGCUCGAAAAGAAUCCAUCGCCGCGAUAGAUGCGCUUGCGCAGCGCAUAAGCGAAGCGCCUGCCAUGGAAAUCAUGCUUAAACACUUAUUCGGUGUGUUUCAUGGUUCAGAUGGCAAACUUACGAUUGCAGAGCACAAGAUCAGCGUGCUGCAAGGUGCUGGUAAUCUUAGUAACAAUGCGAUUACAGGCAGCGCACUUCAGGAACUCAUUUCUAAUGCAACUGAUCAUUUCAUCAAAGUACUCGAGCUUGAAGGACAUGAAAAAACGCUCUGCCACUGCCUGGACAUGUGGUCAUGCUGGACCACCAAAUAUAGCAAUGAGGUGCCCAAGAAAGUGAUUGAUUUUUACAAGAAAGGACUCGAUUUGAAAACGUCCACUGUAUUAGUAAAGGCUUUCUACAUGCAGAGCAUGUUGAACACAUUUAAUGCUACCAACAUUAAACAAUUGGAACCACUUUCUGGUAUUUUUAUGAAAUCUAUUGAGAAAACAGUUGCCCAACCCGCACAGCAUCAAGUUGAAGGAUUGAGCGCAGCGUGUUUGUUGCUGAAAAUUUUCGAAAGCGAUGGUGGUGGAGGGAAGGAAAAAGGUAAUAAUCAAUUUUGGAAUGCUGUAACAGACAUGGACAAGCAAUUGUUCACAUCGGAGAAGUUUAUUACAUCAGCACCACAGGAGAUGAUUCCGUUGAUUGUGGAUUUGAGUACAAAACUUCUUGUGGGACAUGCUGACAGGUUGAAAAAUCCAAAACCAGUAUACAGGGCCAUUUUGCAAUGUUUGACUACAUCAGAAUAUCCCACGCGGAAGAAAUGCGUGGAACUUGUGAAGAAAGUUGUUGCGAGUUUGAGCGGAGUAACAAUUUCUAGAAAUUUACUUAAAGAGAUGAUAACUUGUUUGGAUAGCAUCAAAAUUAAAAAUGGCGAUCGCGAGCAGGAGGGAUCGGUGAGUCCGCAUGUUUUAGUCGAAUGUAUUGCGAUUCUGUGUCCCAAGGAUAUCACAUCUGAAGACGCGCACCUUGUCGCUUUAGACGCGUUGAUUCCGGCGCACCAUCCGAGUGUGGUAAGUGUUAAUCCCACUCUGUGGAUUAAACUUGUCAAACACAUGGGAAUUAAACCGAAAGAGUUUGUUAUUCAACAAAAUGCUAAAUUGCAUUCGAUUUUGAUUGAUGGCUUCCAAAUUAAUCAGAGUUAUGAGAAUGCGUUGGCCACAGUUGUGUCUUUUACGAAUUCAACGCUUUUAUCCACCGCGGUAGCUCAGAUUGUUAAGGAACUUGACGAUGAAGACAUUCGCAUGAUAUCGAAAGAUGAUUAUUUCACGUAUUUGACUCCCGAAGAUGAACUGUACGAUAAGAGCGUGAUUCCUGGCGAUGAUUCUAAUAGUCAGAUGAAUAUGAAACGCGAGAGUAAAGUGUACAGUUUUAAAGAGCAGCAGGAAGAUUUGCAGCUGAGGCGUGAACUUGAAGAGAAAAAGCGCAAAGAAGGUAAAAUCAAACCGCCACAGUACAAUGCCAAACAACUCGAAGCUAUAAAAAAUCAAAAAGUCAAAGAACAAAAUAUCCGCAAUCGACUUACGGUCUUAAAUAAUAAAAUUCAGGUGGUUGUGGCACAAUUGCGUGGAUUAGCAAAGGGUAAUCCUGCAGAAUUAUCUUUCUGUUAUAAAGAUUUACUUCCCGUUUUAUUAAAAGACCUCUGUUCACCGUUAGCCGCGCCUGAUUUGUGUAAAUUGUUUGUUGAUCUGAGGCAAAGCGUGUUUUCAAAAGAUAUUGAUACGCUUUCACUGGUGAUUGCGAAUGUUACGCUUCGAUUACACAAACCACAGUGUGAUUUGGAUCCAAACUGGGAAGAAGAACCUUUGGAGACUGCCAUUGCGAGGGUCAUUAAAGAAAUGCAUACGUUUGUCAUGCAUAAAGCCGAUAAAAAGAACGGUUGUGAUGAUGAUGAUGAUCUGGAGAGCGAUGAUGGGAUUAGUAAUCAUUACACAGCGACGGCGUUUACCUAUUCUUUCCCAAUGAUUAAUCUAGCAUUGCUGCGUAAGAAAAUCGAUGAGAGUUUGAUCCAUGAUGGCCUGCAAAUUAUCUCUGAGCAUGCCAAAUUGAGGGUUUAUCAUGAUUUGUACCAUCCAAGAUGGCUGCCACAUAAGCAAAUGUUCGAAUUGCUGAUUAAACUCAUCAGUACAACAUCUGGUCGUAUUCAGUCGCAAGCAGAAGCCACUUUGUUGGAUGUAGCUGCUUCAGCAUCCGGUGAAAAAAUUGCGACGGCAACCAUUGAUGAUUUAGAAGUCUUGUUGCGCGCUCUGCAAAGUCCAACAAGCGUGGUACGUGAUGCAGCGCUGCGCGGUCUAACUGCGAUGAAAUCUUCGAUUCCUACUUUUGAAGAGAAUUACGAGUCCGCGCUGAAAGUGUCUAAACGCAUUUGGAUUGCUAAAUUUGACGUUGAUGAGGCUAAUCGAGAUUUGGCUAAUAGUUUAUGGACCAACGCAAAACUUAACUUCCCGGUGGCACUCAGUGAUGAGUUGAUUGGAGAUUUAGAACACCCUGUAGAAUGUGUUCAGAUGGCCACAGCUGAAGCUUUGGCUACACUACUACAAGAUAAUAAAGAAGCUGUUAAAGGGUCAUUAGAUCGGUUAAUUGCUCUUUAUAAAGAACGUGUUACGAUGAUUCCUGCUCGUCUGGAUGAAUUCGGAAGAGAAAUCGAGAAACCGAUUGACUUAUGGGGACCACGUCGUGGCGUUGCGUUAGCCCUGACACAACUUGCACCUUUAAUUGAAUAUGAUGUCAUUGGUAACUUGAUUGAGUUCUUUGUUGGAACUUCGUUGGCGGAUCGUUCCGAAAAGGUACGCAAGGAAAUGUUGAACGCAUCGUUGAAACUAGUCGACGAACAUGGCAAAGAUACCGUGAGUACCCUACUGCCAGUUUUCGAAAACUUUAUGGACAAAUCGACCAAGUCGGCGAAUUUCGACCAUGUGAAACAAGCCGUUGUUAUCCUCAUGGGUUCGCUAGCCCGACAUUUAGACAAGGAGGAUCCGCGUAUCAAACCUAUUGUUCAGCGUCUUAUCAGCGCAUUAUCAACACCAUCACAACAAGUACAAGAAUCAGUCUCCAAUUGUUUGCCAUUCUUAGUACCAUCUAUCAAAGAAGAGGCACCAGGGUACAUAAACAAAUUGUUGCAUCAACUCCUCAAGAGUGAUAAAUACGGUGACCGUAAGGGUGCUGCAUAUGGGCUUGCUGGUAUGGUCAAAGGAAUGGGUAUUCUUGCUUUAAAACAGUUGGAUAUUAUGACCAAGUUAACGGACGCUAUACAAGACAAGAAAAAUUACAAACAUCGCGAAGGAGCACUGUUUGCAUUUGAGAUGCUCUUCCAGGUGCUUGGUAAGCUGUUUGAACCGUAUAUUGUGCAUGUUUUGCCGCAUUUAUUGCUCUGCUUCGGCGAUACUAGUCAGUAUGUGCGCAAAGCGACAGAUGACACUGCAAAAGUUGUCAUGAGCAAAUUAUCUGGUCAUGGUGUGAAAUUGGUACUGCCGCAUUUGUUGCAAGCCCUAGAGGAAGAUUCGUGGAGGACCAAAACAGGUUCGGUUGAGCUGUUAGGUGCGAUGGCAUACUGCGCGCCGAAACAGCUCAGUUCGUGCUUACCAAGUAUCGUACCGAAGUUGAUUGAGGUUUUGAGCGAUUCACACAUGAAGGUGCAGGAAUCCGGCGCGGAGGCUUUGAGGGUCAUUGGCUCAGUCAUUCGAAAUCCUGAAAUUCAGGCGAUUGUCCCUGUUUUACUGCAUGCUUUACAAGAUCCCAGCAAUAAGACCUCGGCAUGUCUGCAGACUUUGUUGGAUACGCAGUUUGUUCAUUUUAUUGACGCACCAUCUUUGGCGUUGAUUAUGCCGGUGGUACAGAGAGCCUUUAUGGAUCGUUCCACAGAAACCAGAAAAAUGGCGGCACAAAUUAUUGGUAACAUGUAUUCCUUGACUGAUCAAAAAGAUCUAUUUCCUUAUCUUCCAACAAUUAUACCUGGACUCAAAAUGUCGCUUUUGGAUCCUGUACCGGAAGUUAGAAGCGUUAGUGCUAGAGCACUGGGCGCAAUGGUUCGUGGCAUGGGCGAGUCUAGUUUCGAAGACCUUCUGCCGUGGUUGAUGCAAACAUUGACCUCCGAAUCGAGUUCCGUGGAUCGUUCAGGAGCCGCGCAAGGUUUAUCCGAAGUUGUCGGUGGGUUGGGUGUUGAAAAGUUGCAUAAAUUGAUGCCUGAUAUUAUUGCGACUGCUGAACGCACAGACAUUGCUCCUCACGUUAAGGACGGUUACAUCAUGAUGUUUAUCUACAUGCCGGCUGUAUUCCAAAGUGAGUUUACACCCUAUAUCGGACAAAUUAUCAAUCCGAUUUUAAAGGCGUUAGCAGAUGAAAACGAAUACGUUCGGGACACUGCCCUAAAGGCAGGCCAACGCAUUGUUACGCUUUAUGCGGAUUCUGCGAUACUUUUACUCUUACCCGAGUUGGAGAAAGGACUUUUUGAUGACAACUGGAGAAUCCGAUACAGUUCCGUGCAGUUGUUGGGUGAUUUGCUCUACAGGAUCUCUGGUGUUACUGGUAAGAUGAGUACUGAGACAGCUAGCGAGGAUGACAAUUUCGGUACGGAGCAAUCGCACCUUGCAAUUAUUAAUUCGCUCGGAGGUGAACGAAGAAAUCGUGUGCUUGCUGGUUUAUACAUGGGUCGCUCUGAUGUAGCAUUAAUGGUGCGACAGGCAGCGCUGCACGUUUGGAAGGUGGUUGUUACGAAUACUCCAAGGACACUAAGGGAGAUUUUACCGACUUUGUUCGGUUUACUUUUGGGUUGUCUAGCGAGUGAUAGUUACGACAAGCGACAAGUUGCUGCCAGGACACUUGGGGACCUAGUCCGGAAAUUGGGCGAACGAGUUUUACCGGAAAUAAUUCCUAUUUUGGAACGUGGUUUGGAGUCGGAACGCGCUGAUCAGAGGCAAGGUGUUUGUAUUGGUCUAUCGGAAAUUAUGGCUUCUACAUCAAGGGAAAUGAUUGUUACCUUUGUCAACUCUUUGGUACCAACUGUAAGGAAAGCUCUGUGUGAUCCUUUACCAGAAGUACGCAAAGCGGCGGCUAAGACAUUCGAUAGUUUGCAUAGUACGGUGGGUACCAAAGCAUUGGAUGACAUUUUACCCGCCAUGUUGACUCAGUUGAACGACGAUGAUCCGAAAAUUGUUGAAUGUACUUUGGAUGGUUUGCGCCAAGUGAUGGCAAUUAAGUCAAGAGUGGUUUUGCCUUAUCUGGUACCACAACUUACUAGUCCACCAGCUAAUACAAAGGCCUUGUCGAUUUUGGCAUCUGUCGCAGGUGAAGCCCUCAACAAAUAUCUAAAUAAGAUUCUUCCCGCACUGCAAAAUGCUCUCGCUCUCUCCAGUGGUACUCCAGAGGAAACAAUCCAAUUGGAGUAUUGCCAGGCGGUGGUUUUAUCGGUUGUGGACGAAGCUGGUAUUCGCACAGUCAUAGAUACUUUAUUAGAGAGUACCAGGAAUGAACAUUCCGGGCAACGAAAAGCAGCUGCUACCUUGUUGUGCGCUUUCUGUGCAAAUACCCGAGCGCAGUACAUCAACCACGUGCCCCAACUAUAUCGAGGAUUGAUUCAUCUAUGCACAGAUACAAACAAGGAAGUGCUACAGAUGUCCUGGGAGGCUUUGAAUGCAAUCACCAAGUCGUUGGAUGCUAAACAACAAGCUACGUUCGUUUCGGACGUGCGACAAGCUGUGCGCUAUGCGGUUUCGGACUUAAAGGGUACCUCAGAAUUACCGGGCUUCUGCUUACCAAAGGGCAUAGCUCCAAUAUUACCUAUUUUCCGCGAAGCUAUUCUAAAUGGCGAUGGAGAUGAAAAAGAGGCUGCGGCGCAAGGUCUUGGAGAAGUUAUUAAGUUAACAAGUGCACCUGCACUCCAAACCAGUGUGGUUUCUAUCACUGGUCCACUGAUUCGUAUUCUCGGUGACAGAUUCAACCCGAACGUGAAAACGGCUGUUCUGGAAACUUUAGCUAUUCUUCUGGCUAAAGUGGGUAUUAUGCUGAAGCAGUUCCUACCUCAACUGCAAACAACAUUCGUUAAAGCGCUCAAUGAUCCAAAUCGCGUGGUGCGUCUAAAAUCUGGAAACGCUUUGGGAUAUCUUAUUUUGAUUCAUCAAAGACCCGAUCCCUUAUUUAUGGAAUUGCACAAUACAAUCAAGAACACCGAUGAUGUUGCUGUAAGAGAGACGACGCUGCAUGCGCUCAGAGGAAUUAUUUCACCUGCGGGUGAUAAAAUGACGGAACCAUUACGGAAACAAAUUCAUCAAACCCUCAUUGGCCUGUUGGGUCAUCAAGAGGACGUGACCAGAGUAUGCGCCGCAGGUUGUCUUGGUGCUUUGUGUCAAUACUUGACACCCGAACAGUUGACGACAACAUUAACUGAACAUCUUUUAAAUGAUGACACUUCAUGCGAUUGGACUUUGCGACAUGGUCGUUCUGCUGCUUUAUCCGUGGCGUUGAAAGAAUCCACCGACACUAUCUGGGAUGAAAGGUUUAUGCCCAAGGUGGAGAAAACACUACAGAGUCAACUUGUUGCUGAUCGCGUUCAAAUCACCUCGAGCGGUAUUCGUUCCUGCGGGUACAUGUUUCAAAAUCUGAUGAUUAACUCGAAACCACUGCCUUCGAAUUUGCUGAUGCCAUUCGUGAAGACGAUGAAUAACAACAGCAACGAGGUGAAGCAAUUGUUUGCUAAAAUGUGUAUGCAGCUGGCACGACAGGUUCCUUCGGAGAAGAUGGCUCCGGAAUUGCUAAAAUUACUUCUACCUAUGUUGGUAAACGGCUCAAAGGAGAAGAACGGUUACGUGAAAGCCAACAGCGAGUUGGCGUUGAUUGCGGUGUUGAAGUUGAAGGAAGGAGAUGAAGUUAAUCAGAAAUGUCUGAAAAUUUUGGAUGUCGGCGCCCGAGAAGCUCUCGUCGACGUGGUGAGCAAAGUGCUGAGAAAAAUCAUGCAUCAGUCAGAGGGCAAGGAAGAGGAACUGGACGAAACGCUAUUGACCUGAUCGAUAAGUGCAUCGUUAAUUGUAGCGGUUGGUAUAAAGUUCAUGUCAUUAGGAAUAUUGCGAUUCUUUCAUUGUCGCUGCGAAGCUAUACUGUUGCGUGUUGAAGUAAGUAGCAUCUAUUCGAACUUUGGACUUUGUACAAUUAUGUUUUAUGAUCAUUUGUUCUUUAUUUCAAGUAUAAUUAAGAAUGCUAAAGUUCUUUUUGCAUAUUUAUAUCAAUACAAUUCCCAAGAUGUUAUUAUAAUAAAUGUGAAUCAAUCGAAA